AUGGCGUUGUCUCCAGAGCAAAGAUUUGAUCUCAUCCGGGAAAACCUCGGCGAGGUUCUGAAUCCUGAGUUGAUUGAGAGUAUCCUCAAGGAGGGGCGCAACCCUCGUGUGUACUGGGGUACCGCUACUACUGGCAAGCCUCACUCCGGAUACUUCGUCGCCGCGCUCAAGAUUGCCCAGCUGCUCGCCGCAGGAUGUGAGGUGGUCAUCCUCCUUGCCGACGUGCACGCUUUCCUGGAUUCAAUGAAAGCGCCCCUCGAAUUGGUCGAGAACCGUGUCAAAUACUACCAGAAGAUUAUCACGGCGAUUCUCGAGGCUGUUGGCGUGUCCACGGAGAAGCUCGAGUUCGUUCUCGGCAGUUCCUACCAGCGCAAUGCCGACUAUGUUAUGGAUGUCUACCGGCUGGCCGCUUUGACUUCCGAGCACGAUUGCAGGAAGGCUGGUGCUGAGAUCGUUAAGCAGUCUACCAAUGCUCCAUUGAGUGGUCUGCUGUACCCGAUUCUGCAGGUCCUCGAUGAGGAGUACCUCAAGGUCGAUGCUGAGUUGGGCGGUCUCGACCAGCGGAAGCUCUUCGUGGCGGCUACCGAGUGGCUGCCCAAGCUCGGUUACCGAAAGCGCGCUCAUCUCAUCACGCCAAUGGUGGCAGGCUUGAGUGGAGGCAAGAUGAGCUCCAGUGUUGAAGAUAGCAAGAUUGAUCUCCUUGACCCGCCUGAGACGGUUGCCAAGAAGAUCCGCAAAUCCGAAGCGGCCCCUAAAAUCGUUGAGAACAACGGCAUUAUCGCCCUAGUUGAGUUCGUCCUGCUUCCUGCGGCAGCUCUCACAGGCAACAAGGAAUUCCGCGUUGAACGCCGGGAUGCCGAGCCCCUGAUCUACACCGAUAUUCAACAACUCAAGGAUGAUUACGCCAACGAUAUUUUGACCCCUCAAUCCCUCAAGCCCGCUGCGGCAGAAGCUCUCACUCGUCUCAUGGCACCUAUUCACGCAGCCUACGAGGCCUCGGCUGAAUGGCAAGAGAUCACUCUUAAGGCUUACCCUCCUCCCGUUGUGCAGAAGAAGCAAAAGAAGGUCAAGGAUAGGGGCACUCGCCACCCGGGCGCUGCCAAGGAGCAGGAGCUCCCAGAGCGCCCGAAGGAGUAG